AUGGAAGAUUAUUAUGAAAUCGAACGAACGCGUGCUCAAGCUCUUUUGUUAUUCAAUAAAAAAUGGACCAAACAUUUAAAAACUCAGUCGAGAAUUUCAUCAUAUCAUACAACUAAACGUGCUCAGCUUGAUACGAUCCGUAUUGCAAAACAUCUGGCUCGUAUCGAUGACAAUCGUUGUGAUGCUCUAAAAACAGUGAUUAACAAUUACCGUACACUUGUCGAUGAGACUUACAUGCAUGUCAAUUUCGGACGUCGUUUUGAACAUUGUCGAUUUCGUGAAUUUAGGAAACUCUUUAAAGAUGCUCACGCUUCUGUAGUCAAAUCGGAGAAAAGUCUCGAUAAAUUACGUGAUCGAGUUUGUCGAGCAGAACAAGCUCUCUUGAAUGCUAACAGAGCGGUUGAAAAAGUGAUUCAUGAUGAAAGUUCUAACGAACGAAAGCGACUUAACAAAUCAGAUACUCAAAUUAAAUGUGAAAAUCAAUUGAAACAACUCAAAGAGAAAGUCGUACAUGCUGAACAAAAUCUUGACAAUACCAAACAAACAUAUCGUAAGAGAGCGAAACAAAUCUUUGCUCAAUGCCAACAAGUGGAAGAACAACGUCUGGAACAAAUUCGAGAGAUUCUUCUCAUGUUCACUCAGACAAUACAUCUACAAAAGUAUGCACCCGAAAUCGAACAAGUCUAUGAGGAGUUGAUCUCCAACAUAUCCACUCAACAAAACUCCUUGGAAGAUCUAGCAUUUUGGGCUAAAAUGUAUGGUAUUGAGGAGGAUGAAAGUGCCGCCAUUUCUUUGUCAAAGGUUGAAUCGCAAACAACAGUCAAGAAUGUCUCUGGUGAACUCAGAAGUCCAAGAGCGUCUGUGAUGGCCAACAACAGUACCAUCGACAACGAACAAGAACAAUCCAAAGACAGAGAAGAAUUAUUGGCAGCAAAAAUAAGUUAG